CUGCUGAUAUUUCGUUUUGCAAUAACCUGUUUUGCAGGAGGCGGUGGUCCAUCCACCAUGGAUUACCAACCUUUAGCCAUAACCAGCCGCUGCAAACUCACUCUGAAGUUAAAUAUUACACACCUGCUGUUGACAUUACAUGGUCAAGUCAAGAAGGAAGUACGGUCCACAGUUUGUCUUCACUCCUAUAGCCUAGUUUAACUCGGACCCAUGGCUGUGCAAGGAUCCACCCCACUGCUGCGGCUAUACCGACACCGCUUCGGAUUCUUGGGGGUCCGGCAACUCCUGCACGGCACAUGGAGAACCUGCAGCCCACGCGGGCUCCUGUCCUGCCGUUCCCUUCACGUGGAAGGGCCACCUCAUGUCCCCUCAGUGACCAGCAGCUGCGUCCACGGAACGUCCUCCACGUCGCUGGUCUACUCCACCAUCGGACAGUGCCUGCAGGCGGCGGCUCGCCGCUGGCCGGACCGCGAAGCUGUGGUAUUCCCGCAGGAAGGAGUUCGGAAAACGUUCGCCCAGUUUCAGGAAGAUGUGGACAAGACAGCGGCCGGACUCUUGGCUCUGGGCCUGAACCGAGGAGACCGGCUGGGGGUGUGGGGCCCCAACACGUACGAGUGGAUCCUGUACCAGUACGCCACGGCCAAGGCGGGCAUCAUCAUGGUGUCAGUGAACCCAGCCUAUCAGUUGAAUGAGCUGGAGUAUACAAUGAGAAAGGUCAAGUGCAACGCAGUGGUCUGUCCUACCCGGUUUAAAACCCAGGAGUUCUGCCAGAUGCUGAGAGAAAUCUGCCCGGAGAUAAACACAGCUGCCUCCGGAAGGAUCCAAAGCUCAAGGCUCCCAGACCUGCGGAUGGUGAUCGCCACGGACAGCAGACAGCCGGGGAUGCUCCAUGUAGAAGACGUGCUGCAGGCAGGGGAGAGCUCUCACCAUAAGCAGCUCCAGGAUCUGCAGAGCAAGCUGUCCUUCGACGACCCCAUCAACAUCCAGUUUACUUCGGGCACAACAGGAAGUCCAAAAGGAGCCACGCUGAGCCAUCACAAUAUCAUCAACAACGCCUUUUUCGUGGGUCAGCGCGUUGGUUAUGGAUGGAGGCCGAGUGUGCGGCUGUGCCUGCCGGUACCGCUGUACCACUGCUUCGGCUCGGUGCUGGGAGGGAUGUGCUUAGCCACGCACGGGAUCACGCUGGUCUUCCCGUCCGCCGGCUUCAACAGCCGUGCCAACCUGCAGGCCAUCCAGGACGAGAGGUGUAACUUCCUGUACGGAACACCCACGAUGUUCAUCGACAUGCUCAGCCAACCUGACCUCCAGCAAUUCGACCUUUCAUCAGUAGAAGCCGGAAUCAUGGCUGGAUCCCCCUGUCCUCCAGAGAUUAUGAGGAAACUUAAAGUGGAUCUGAACAUUCAAGAAAUGACGAUAGCCUACGGGACCACAGAGACCAGCCCGGUCACGUUCCUGGGGUUCCCGUCCGACCGAGAGGAGUUGAAGAUCAACACCAUCGGAUGCAUCAUGGACCACACCGAGGCGAAGGUGGUGGACCCCUCUACAGAAGAGAUGGUUCCUCUGGGGGAGUCCGGGGAGCUUCUCAUCAGGGGGUACUGCGUGAUGCUGGGGUACUGGGACGACCUCAAAAAGACCUCAGAGGUCAUCUCUCCCAGCCGCUGGUACAAGACCGGAGACAUCGCCAGUCUGAACAGUUUGGGCUACUGCCGUAUAGAGGGACGCAUCAAAGACCUGAUCAUCCGAGGAGGGGAGAACAUUUACCCUGCAGAGAUUGAACAGUUUCUCCACACGCAUCCCAAAGUACAAGAGGCACAGGUGAUAGGAGUGAAAGACGAGAGGUUGGGCGAGCUGGUGUGUGCCUGCAUCAAGCUGAAGGACGGCCAGACAUCGAGUGUGGAGGAGCUUAGAGACUUCUGCAAGGGGCAGAUCUCUCACUUCAAGAUCCCCCACUAUGUGAUGUUUGUUAAUAGCUUUCCUUUGACCGUCUCUGGAAAGAUCAAGAAGAACAAUUUGCGAGAGGAGAUUGAGAAGAAGCUGGAUAUGAAGCAGAAAGUCUGAUUGACUGGAACACUAGAAGGACACCACUGGUGAAAUUCACAAAAGUGCUUCUUAAGAUGCAUGUAAAAAAAAAAAGCAAUAUCAAGUCCAUACGAAUAUCCACAACUGCCAAUAGUUUUGUAAAAAUCGAGUUACUAUGUUUAGUCACUUUACCAUAGCAUUCAAAUGUCAUUAAGGAACACAUGUCAAGUCAGUCGAAAAGGACCAUGGCUCAGGCUGACAACAUGAAUGCAUCCAUUUUACAAAAGCAAGACAGACACCUCUAUAUCCUCAAAUUAAUCACUACACUUUUUCACUCCCGAUAUAUUUGUUACAUCUUUUUCAAUAAAAAAAAAAUAGUGAUUCAACCAAAAAUACAUUAAUGCAUCAAUGUAUGUUCUCAAAACUUUAUUUAACCAAAUUAGACAAACAUUUGACAAACAAGCCUAGAAUAUAACAUCUGACCACUGUGCAAAAAGUUAAAUUCAGAAGAAAUGUUUCAAACAUGCAAUUCAGUAACAGAAAUAAAUAGGAGCUAAAUAGCAAAGGUCAGUAUAUACAUAUGUGACAGGCAUACAGCCCAAGACAACCGGUUAGCAGUCUUUACAUGGAGCCAUACCAACGGGUCCAUCUGGAGCCUUUCAGUCUUCGUUCCAAAAUGUGGAAAUGUUAGCACUCACUUUCCGCUAAGGGCAAGUUAACGUUUUGCAUUUUCAGAAAAUGAGAACAGGAUUUAAAUCUAGCUUGCGGAUGUAAACUGAAGGCAGCAUCAACGGAACAAGCCAGGAGAGGUAUUACAGUGAACUUACGGUUUGUCAAGACAGUAUAGAAAACGGUACAACGAAUGAAAUGUUAAACGCUUGCUUAACAUAUCCUGUUAGUCAGGCUUACAGAAUAGAGUGAGCAGGCCCACAAACCAACACACGGCAUAACCAAAAAACUGCUCCCUGAAACGUCAAUGGCCAACCAUAGAGAAAACAAAACUUGAGCAAAGAAACAUUGUGAGAGAUCCCUCCUAAUACAGAACCAGCACAUAUCUGAACAUCACCAUCCAGGCCCCAUCCAGUAGAAACGACCCAUGAGUGUGCUGUCGCUA